GACAAUGACAUAUAUUCCAAAGUGUUGGCAGCAGGUUAACCGCAGAGUGAUCAAACGCAAAGAACACACACGUAUCCCUUCUUGUCGUGAUCAACGAGCAAGCGCCAACGGACGCAGGAGACUGAAAGGGGACGCGGAAUCAGAUGCCGGAAAUGCAUCGCGAUGCCGAUGCCCUGCACAAUCCGUUUCCCAAUCACCACGCUUGCUCUUGAUUAAUUGUGUGUUGCGUAUGCUUUCUCUAGCUCCCAGUGAAUCCUUCCCCUCACUAUAUAUAAAAUGCAGAGCGCGCGGCAUUGCAAUUCGCCAAUUCGCAACGCGGGUCUCUCUGUAACCAGCCCAAGAUCACCACGCUCACUCGAUCGUCUCCUGACCAAAAGCGAAUCCAACACAGGCAGCAUGGCUGACGACCAGCAGCCGCCGCCGCAGCGGUACUGGUUCCCGUACUGGACCGCGCCGCCGCAGCCGCCGCCGCCCGCGCCUGCUCCUGCUCCGCGGCCGGGCGUCCGGCCGCAGCUGUCGAGGCGGGAAUCUCGCCCGGCACCGCAGCAGCAGCCAUCGCCGCCUCCUGCAACAGCAGCAACAGCGUCGCCGUCGCGGCGGCCGUCGUCGCACCCGCAACAGGCGGCGACGCCGGGGUCCAGAGGCGCUGGCGGUGGUGCUGGUGGCCCUGCUCCACCACCGGCCCAGCCGCAGCCGACGCGGCUGUCCAGCAGGCCGUCCCCGUCGCCUGCCCGCGCUCCGCCACUCUCGCCCGUUCGAGAGCCCAAUGCUCCAGCGCCGGCGCCGGCGCCGGUACUGGUUGCCAGAGAGAACAGGCCGCCUUCUCCUCUUCAUCCUACUCCUACUGCGCAUGAUGUUCCUACGCAAAAAGACAUCACCGUUCCGCAAGAGAAAACCAUCCAUGAACCGCUUGUAGCAUCCAAGGCACAAAGCAAGGCCCCGGAGAAAGAAAAAGCCAAGGAGAAAGAGAAGGAGAAGGAAAAGGAUAAAGAGAAGAAGGAGAAGGAGAAGGAGAAAGAGAAGGAUCACAAAGAUAAGAAGGACAAGGAUAAAGAAAAGGAUCACAAGGACAAAGAGAAGGAAGGUAGCCAGCUGCACAAGGAGCUCAAGGCGGGCGUCGCGGACAUGGUGCAGAAGCUCAGCUCUACGGCGCCGUCGUCGACCGGCGGCGGCCACGAGCGCGCUGGAUCGGCGGCGGCGGGAACGACCAUCAUCACGCUGGCCGGCGAGAACAAGGGCGCGUCCAUGAAGGUAGACAGCAGCGCCGUGGCCGACGGCAGGGGGGACGCGGCGGCGGGCGGCAAGGAGCGCCGCGGCCACAAGCUCGACGGCAGCGUCGUCGGCAGCAGCGGGAAGGAGCAGGGUGCGGGCGGCAAAGGGCUGACGGCGUUCGUCAACAGCAACGUGCAGGUGAUCAACAACUCGCUGAUGCUGCAGAGCUCCUGCAACGGCGGCGACCCCGGGGUGCACCUCAAGCUGUCCACCAAGGCCAAGAAGAAGGACGGCGAGGGAGCUGGUGGGGGCAAGAGUGGCUCCGCUGCUGCGCCAAAAAAAUGAUCAAGCUUCAUAUCGCUGGCGCGCGCAUGGCUAUCGAGCAAUGACGAAAAAGUAUAAGUUAAGUAUCCAUCAAAACAGAGAGUUGAACGGACCUGGUUAGCAUCGAUAAUUUUAUCUGGAGUAUAUGUACACAUCAUGGAUGUGAGUCUGCAAAAAUUCGUGCUGAAUGAUGCCUGUAAAACUUAACAAGAUGCCAUAAUAAGCAAAUCUCUGUGCACAUGGUCUCUGAU